AUGAAUGGUGGAUAUCAAACGCAUCCAUACCACCAUAGCACAUCUAUGGUGAACAUGGUGAAGCAGAGUAUCCUACACCCAUCAGGGUACUACAGUGCGGUUGCGGUUUCUCGCGCUUCUGUUAGAACUUGCGUUGGGCCCGAAGAACGGACAUCCUGUCCACUAUCGACCGCUAUCGGUUGGAGAGGAAACACUGUUUUUAUUUGUACCCUCCCACGCCUGGGCCGACUCCACCCGUACGGCUCGGGCAGCGGUUCCAGCUCGGGCAGUCGCCGGCGCGGGCGCCGCGGCCUCUCUGAGUCGCCCACACCGACCACGCCCACCUCUGCCUCCGACAACGCUUCGGACGCGACCCUCACCGACUCCGAGUUGCCUCUCGCGAGGGAUUCUACUCUGCUCGUGCAAAACGCAAUGACUAAAAUUGUCUUUAUCGUUUCCAGCAAUGUUUUAGAUCUCAACCAGCAUAAUGCGAUUUUCAAGCAAUCACAUGCUUCAUUUCGUAUUCCCACAAACACCCCAUGUACCCUUCAUCUUGACGCAGCAUCGGAUUGCAAAAUCGCUUAA